UUGAAGAAGGCAGAGAGCAAGUGAGGGAGUCAGAGUGGGAGGAAAAACAGAAGGGAUUAGGAGCUAAUCCAGUACACGGACAAUCCCAGAGGAGUCUUAUCUUUCUAGGAGGAUGCAGACAAAACAGUUGCUGGAUUACAACACUUUACUUGAUUGCCCUUUUUAAGACAUUGUCAGGCCCCUUUUCCCUUCACUCUGACUGUUUUCAUUGCCUCUCAAGGGUCCAGCGUCUUGGUUGAAGAAGGGGAACAGAGGACAAAGCUUGGCGGCGGCAGGCCUGAUGACAGGAUGUCCCACGGCCAGUGUGGUGCCACACAUGGAUAAACCUCUUUAGUGGGGAGACGGUGCAUGGCGGUGGACCCCCCUGUUCCCUCUGCUUGGACUUUAAAGAAGACAGGACAAUUUAUCGGAUGAGACACUCAAGAUCCUCUCAGAAAUUGAGGUCUUUUGAACACAUACACACAAAGGACCCAUUGCCAUGGACCCUGAACUGGAAUUCAAUCUUGACUGACCUGUAAUAAGAGCUCAGACACUUGCUUUCAAAUUAAACGGAAAUUACUGAAGUUUUCGACCACCAUGAGUCUGGGAAAGGUUCCAGGGGUAAAGGGCCUUGUGUCUGGCUCUCAAGGGAAACGUCGUUUCAAGAGCGACCUCUCUGUUGACAUGAUCAGCCCACCACUGGGGGACUUCCGACAUACUAUGCAUGUUGGCCGUGGCGGAGACGUCUUUGGUGACACUUCCUUCCUUAGUAACUAUGGUGGUACCAAGGAGCCAGGAAGCCCCGACUCAGCAAACAGCUCCAAGUCAACCGGAUUCUUCAUGCGCACCUUUCGGCACGUGCGGAAGAACUCCGAGGCGUGGCAGAGAGCGUAUGCCCAUGACUUGACAUCCCCGCCUCCAGACGUCUCACCCAUCAUCAAGAACGCCAUCUCCCUGCCACAGCUGAACAUUGACUCUCCCAAUGGGUACCUAGGAAGGAAGUUGUUCCCCAGCUCUGUCAGCGCAACAGAUGACUCCCUCUGUACAUAUGGUCUGCAGUCUGGAUUUGUCACUCUGCCCCGCCACUCUCGCCUUGAUAGACAGUUUCAAGAUGGAGACGUCGGCACCACACUGACACGCUCAGACUCCCUCACCUCAUUCACCGUAGACCUCGGCCCUUCCCUUAUGAGUGAGGUGCUGAGCUUGAUUGACAACCCCAGCAGCCUUCAGAUGUCCAUUUACAGCCAGGCAGCGGGUGAGGAACAGGAAGAAGAGGGUGAGAAAGAGGAGGAUGACAUCUCUCUAACAGAGACACCUGUCCAGAGCCCUGGGGUGACUUCACCCAACCUUUCUGUGGGCAGUGGGUCAUUCUGCGGGAGCAUUAACAACAGGGGAAACUCCUGUAGCCCUAACUGGACAGAGCAAGAGGAAGAGAGGUCGUCUCUGAGGUCACCAGAUGGUACCACUAGGUCUCCUAAGAGAGUGGAACUUGUAAUGGAGGCAGAAAGGUUUCAGAGGGCAGCCGAUGUGUUGUCCCGUCAUUACGGUGGAGGGUCCUUCACAAGGAUGAACAACAGCACCCAAUCUCCGGAUUUUUCCUGCAGCCGCAAAGCAUCAUGCACCUUCAGUGAAGAGGAGGAAGAGAUCAAAGUUUAGAUAUUAACAUUUUAUUGGUCAAAUAAACUAAUAGAAACCAUUCAGUGACCUGAGCUCUGGGCUCUUUACCAGUCAGAAAAGCUGAGAAUGAUUGAUGGGUGAUAAUUGAUGUUUCCUCCAUAAAAACAAUUAUCUUCUCCUCAAAUGCAUCUACAUCUACAUGGGCGCCUCAUUGAUCAAUCACCAAAACCUGGUCUGUGGUUAGUUUCUGCAAGAUGGAUGGACAGUAUGAUGUUGGACUUGAACCUGGACCUGCUUCUCCCUCUGCACUACAUCGUUGCCAUGGUUUUAUACAGAUUAUUUAUAACACAACUAUUCUCUUAUACAGUAUAAGUCACUGAAUGAAACUUAGUCCAAAAAACUGUUGAACUGACUGGAGAACACUGAAGAGGAAUUUUGAAUGGUCUUUUAUUUCACUAUAUAGAAACUUAACACUCUAUAUAUCAUCAUGAUAUUGAACAACAGGAUGUGUGGUUCAAAGGUCUGAGGUGUCAGCUGAUCUGGAAAUUUGAAGAACACAACAUUUGGAGUAUAUUUUCAUGUAAAUAAAUGUUAUAAACCCUACAUACUUUGUAAAUAA